GCCCCCUCCCGGGAGGCGGCGCUGGGCCGGUGGCAAGCCCCCGGAGGGAGCCGCAGUAGUACGACGGAAGAUGGCGACGAGCGGCGGCGAAGAGGCGGCGGCAGCGGCGCCGGCGCCCGGGACCCCGGCGACGGGGCCGGACACGACCCCGGGCUGGGAGGUGGCGGUGCGGCCCCUGCUGUCCGCGUCCUACUCCGCCUUCGAGAUGAAGGAGUUGCCGCAGCUGGUGGCCUCAGUCAUCGAGAGUGAAUCAGAAAUCCUGCACCAUGAGAAGCAAUAUGAGCCAUUCUACUCAUCUUUUGUUGCACUUUCCACACACUAUAUUACAACAGUUUGCAGUCUCAUUCCCCGGAACCAACUUCAGUCAGUGGCAGCAGCCUGUAAAGUUCUAAUUGAGUUUUCUCUCCUGCGUCUGGAGAAUCCAGAUGAGGCUUGUGCUGUGUCCCAGAAACACUUGAUUCUUCUAAUCAAGGGCCUGUGCACUGGCUGUAGCCGACUAGAUAGAACUGAAAUUAUCACAUUUACAGCAAUGAUGAAAUCUGCCAAGCUGCCCCAAACAGUGAAGACACUUUCAGAUGUGGAAGAUCAGAAAGAGCUGGCCUCACCAGUAAGCCCUGAGUUGAGGCAAAAGGAGGUACAGAUGAAUUUUUUGAACCAGUUGACCUCAGUUUUUAACCCUAGAACUGUAGCAUCACAACCUAUCAGUACACAGACUCUGGUGGAAGGAGAAAGUGAUGAGCAGUCAUCUACAGAUCAAGCCUCAGCUAUCAAAACCAAGAAUGUGUUCAUAGCUCAGAACGUGGCUAGUCUUCAGGAGCUUGGUGGCUCGGAGAAGCUACUGCGUGUGUGUUUGAACCUGCCAUAUUUCCUACGCUAUAUCAAUCGGUUCCAAGAUGCAGUGUUAGCUAAUUCCUUCUUCAUAAUGCCUGCAACAGUAGCAGAUGCCACUGCUGUUCGUAAUGGCUUUCAUUCAUUGGUGAUUGAUGUAACUAUGGCGUUGGAUACACUUUCUCUACCUGUGUUGGAACCUCUCAAUCCUUCUCGUCUACAAGAUGUGACAGUCCUCAGCCUAAGUUGUCUGUAUGCAGGUGUGAGUGUGGCAACCUGCAUGGCCAUCCUGCAUGUGGGUAGUGCCCAGCAAGUGCGGACAGGGUCCACGAGCUCCAAAGAAGAUGACUAUGAAAGUGACGCAGCUACAAUUGUCCAGAAAUGUCUCGAAAUCUAUGACAUGAUUGGACAAGCCAUCAGCAGUUCUCGCCGAGCUGGUGGUGAGCACUAUCAGAAUUUCCAAUUGCUGGGUGCUUGGUGCUUGUUAAACAGCCUUUUCCUCAUAUUGAACCUCAGUCCUACUGCACUGGCUGAUAAGGGGAAAGAGAAGGACCCGCUGGCCGCCCUCCGAGUCAGAGACAUCCUUUCUCGUACUAAAGAGGGAGUGGGCUCUCCUAAACUGGGGCCUGGAAAAGGGCAUCAGGGAUUUGGGGUACUCUCAGUAAUAUUGGCAAACCAUGCCAUCAAACUGCUAACGUCACUCUUUCAAGACCUACAAGUGGAGGCGCUUCACAAGGGUUGGGAGACAGAUGGCCCCCCUGCAGCCCUGAGCAUUAUGGCCCAGAGCACUUCCAUACAGAGGAUUCAACGGCUGAUUGACUCUGUCCCACUGAUGAACCUGCUCUUGACAUUACUUUCAACUUCCUACAGAAAGGCAUGUGUCCUGCAGCGGCAGAGGAAGGGCUCCAUGAGCAGUGAUGCCAGCGCCUCCACUGACUCCAAUACUUACUAUGAGGAUGAUUUCAGUAGCACGGAGGAGGACAGCAGCCAAGACGAUGACAGUGAGCCUAUUUUGGGGCAAUGGUUUGAGGAGACUAUUUCUCCCAGUAAAGAGAAAGCAGCGCCUCCGCCCCCUCCCCCACCUCCUCCACUGGAAAGCUCUCCUCGGGUUAAAAGCCCCAGUAAGCAGGCCCCUGGUGAGAAGGGCAACAUUUUGGCGAGUCGCAAAGAUCCUGAGUUGUUCUUAGGUCUGGCUUCCAACAUUUUGAACUUCAUCACCUCUUCCAUGUUGAACUCUCGAAACAAUUUUAUCCGAAACUAUCUGAGUGUAUCUCUUUCAGAACACCAUAUGGCCACCCUAGCCAGUAUCAUCAAGGAGGUAGACAAAGAUGGACUCAAGGGUUCAUCAGAUGAAGAGUUUGCUGCAGCUCUCUAUCACUUCAACCACUCGCUGGUGACCUCUGACCUUCAGUCACCUAACCUGCAGAACACACUGUUGCAGCAGCUAGGAGUGGCUCCUUUUUCUGAGGGCCCUUGGCCCUUGUACAUUCACCCUCAAAGCCUCUCUGUGCUUUCACGCCUCCUGCUCAUCUGGCAACAUAAAGCCAGUGCUCAAGGUGACCCUGACGUCCCUGAAUGCCUUAAAGUUUGGGACAGGUUUUUGUCUACAAUGAAGCAGAAUGCCCUGCAAGGCGUGGUGCCCAGUGAGACAGAAGAUUUGAAUGUAGAACACCUGCAGCUGCUUCUCCUCAUUUUCCACAACUUCACUGAGACAGGCCGGCGGGCCAUAUUGACGCUUUUUGUCCAGAUCAUCCAGGAGUUGAGCGUCAACAUGGAUGCUCAGAUGCGCUCCGUGCCACUCAUCUUGGCUCGCCUCCUUCUCAUCUUUGAUUAUCUGCUUCAUCAGUACUCCAAAGCCCCUGUGUAUCUGUUUGAGCAGGUACAGCAUAACCUGCUAAGUCCUCCUUUUGGGUGGGCAAGUGGAUCCCAGGACAGCAACAGCCGCCGGGCAACCACUCCUCUCUAUCAUGGGUUCAAAGAAGUAGAAGAAAACUGGUCUAAGCAUUUCUCAUCAGACGCUGUCCCACAACCCAGAUUCUACUGUGUCCUGUCCCCAGAAGCCUCAGAGGAUGAUUUGAACCGACUUGAUUCUGUGGCAUGUGACGUCCUUUUCUCCAAGCUUGUCAAGUAUGAUGAGCUUUAUGCUGCACUGACAGCUCUGCUUGCAGCUGGGUCCCAGCUUGAUACAGUUAGGAGAAAGGAAAACAAGAAUGUAACAGCCUUGGAGGCCUGUGCCCUUCAAUAUUACUUCUUGAUACUAUGGAGGAUCCUAGGAAUUUUACCACCAUCAAAAGCUUACAUUAACCAGCUAUCCAUGAACUCACCUGAGAUGAGUGAAUGUGACAUCUUGCACACUCUGCGAUGGUCUUCUCGGCUCCGGAUCAGCUCCUAUGUCAGCUGGAUAAAGGAUCACCUUAUCAAACAGGGAAUGAAGGCUGAACAUGCUAGCUCGCUUCUAGAACUGGCAUCCACUGCCAAGUGUAGCUCAGUGAAAUAUGAUGUUGAAAUAGUAGAGGAAUACUUCGCUCGACAGAUCUCAUCCUUCUGUAGUAUCGACUGUACCACCAUCUUGCAGCUGCAUGAAAUUCCCAGUCUGCAGUCCAUCUACACCCUUGAUGCCGCCAUCUCAAAGGUUCAGGUCUCUUUGGAUGAGCAUUUUUCUAAGAUGGCUGCUGAGACUGAUCCUCAUAAGUCAUCUGAGAUUACCAAGAACCUACUUCCAGCCACGCUGCAACUCAUUGAUACCUAUGCAUCAUUCACCAGAGCCUAUUUGCUGCAGAACUUUAAUGAAGAGGGAACAACUGAGAAACCUUCCAAGGAGAAACUGCAAGGCUUUGCUGCUGUUUUGGCUAUUGGCUCUAGUAGGUGCAAGGCAAAUACUCUGGGUCCGACACUGGUUCAGAAUUUGCCAUCAUCAGUGCAGGCUGUAUGUGAGUCCUGGAACAACAUCAAUACCAAUGAAUUUCCCAAUAUUGGAUCCUGGCGCAAUGCCUUUGCCAAUGACACCAUCCCUUCAGAGAGUUAUAUCAGUGCAGUGCAGGCUGCACACCUAGGGACUCUCUGUAGCCAAAGUCUGCCCCUGGCUGCUUCCCUGAAGCACACCCUCCUCUCACUGGUCAGGUUGACUGGAGAUCUUAUUGUUUGGUCCGAUGAGAUGAACCCGCCACAGGUAAUUCGGACCCUGCUACCACUUCUUUUGGAAUCAAGCACUGAGAGUGUUGCUGAGAUCAGUAGCAACUCCCUGGAACGUAUCUUGGGCCCUGCUGAGUCUGAUGAGUUCUUGGCUCGUGUUUAUGAGAAGCUGAUCACUGGUUGUUACAACAUUCUGGCCAAUCAUGCAGAUCCUAACAGUGGACUGGAUGAAUCUAUCCUGGAGGAAUGUCUCCAGUACUUGGAAAAGCAGCUGGAAAGCAGCCAGGCCCGUAAAGCUAUGGAGGAGUUUUUCUCUGACAGUGGAGAACUUGUACAGAUCAUGAUGGCAACAGCCAAUGAGAACCUCUCUGCUAAAUUCUGUAACCGAGUUUUGAAAUUCUUCACCAAACUCUUCCAGCUGACUGAGAAGAGCCCUAACCCGAGCCUGUUGCAUCUCUGCGGCUCCCUGGCACAGCUGGCCUGUGUGGAGCCUGUGCGCCUGCAGGCCUGGCUCACCCGCAUGACUACAUCACCCCCAAAAGAUUCUGAUCAGCUGGAUGUAAUUCAGGAGAAUCGGCAGCUGCUGCAGUUACUGACCACAUACAUUGUUCGGGAAAACAGCCAAGUUGGGGAAGGUGUGUGUGCUGUUCUUCUGGGCACCCUGACUCCCAUGGCAACAGAGAUGCUGGCCAACGGUGAUGGGACUGGCUUCCCUGAACUUAUGGUUGUGAUGGCCACUCUGGCCAGUGCAGGUCAAGGUGCUGGUCACCUUCAGCUUCAUAAUGCUGCUGUGGAUUGGCUGAGCAGAUGCAAGAAAUAUCUGUCACAGAAGAAUGUGGUUGAAAAACUGAAUGCCAAUGUAAUGCAUGGAAAGCAUGUGAUGAUCUUGGAGUGCACAUGCCAUAUCAUGUCUUACUUGGCUGAUGUCACGAAUGCCCUGAGCCAGAGUAAUGGUCAAGGCCCAAGUCAUCUCUCGGUGGAUGGGGAAGAGCGGGCAAUUGAAGUAGACUCAGACUGGGUGGAGGAGUUGGCGGUGGAAGAGGAAGAUUCCCAGGCUGAGGAUUCAGAUGAAGAUUCUCUUUGCAAUAAACUCUGCACUUUUACGAUCACACAGAAAGAAUUCAUGAACCAGCAUUGGUACCACUGUCACACCUGCAAAAUGGUGGAUGGGGUGGGUGUCUGCACAGUGUGUGCUAAGGUGUGCCACAAGGAUCAUGAGAUUUCCUAUGCCAAGUAUGGAUCCUUCUUCUGUGACUGUGGAGCCAAGGAAGAUGGCAGCUGUUUGGCACUGGUGAAGAGAACUCCUAGCAGUGGCAUGAGCUCUACCAUGAAGGAGUCAGCAUUUCAGAGUGAACCCAGGAUUUCAGAGAGUCUAGUGCGUCAUGCCAGCACCUCACCAGCUGACAAAGCCAAGGUUACCAUCAGUGAUGGAAAGGUUGCUGACGAAGAGAAGCCCAAGAAGAGCAGCCUCUGCCGCACAGUAGAGGGCUGCCGGGAAGAAUUACAGAACCAGGCCAAUUUCUCCUUCGCUCCUCUCGUGUUAGACAUGCUUAAUUUCCUUAUGGAUGCCAUUCAGACCAACUUCCAGCAAGCUUCAGCUGUCGGGAGCAGCAGUCGUGCCCAGCAAGCCCUCAGUGAGCUGCACACAGUGGAGAAGGCAGUGGAGAUGACAGACCAGCUGAUGGUUCCCACCUUAGGCUCCCAGGAAGGUGCCUUUGAGAAUGUGCGGAUGAAUUACAGUGGAGACCAGGGCCAGACCAUCCGGCAGCUGAUCAGCGCUCAUGUGCUCAGGCGGGUGGCUAUGUGUGUGCUAUCCUCUCCCCAUGGGCGCCGCCAACAUUUGGCUGUCAGCCAUGAGAAGGGCAAGAUCACUGUUCUGCAGCUCUCUGCACUCCUGAAGCAAGCGGAUUCCAGCAAAAGGAAGUUGACUCUGACUCGCUUGGCUUCUGCCCCAGUUCCUUUUACUGUGUUGAGCCUCACAGGAAAUCCCUGCAAGGAAGACUACUUGGCAGUUUGUGGGCUAAAGGACUGCCAUGUGCUCACCUUUAGUAGCUCAGGCUCUGUUUCGGAUCACUUGGUUUUGCACCCUCAGUUGGCAACGGGAAACUUCAUCAUCAAAGCCGUGUGGUUACCUGGUUCACAGACCGAGUUAGCAAUUGUCACUGCGGACUUUGUUAAGAUUUAUGACCUGUCUGUUGAUGCCUUGAGUCCAACCUUCUACUUUCUCCUGCCAAGCUCAAAGAUAAGAGAUGUUACCUUUCUUUUUAACGAGGAGGGAAAGAACAUCAUUGUUAUAAUGUCUUCAGCUGGGUACAUCUAUACUCAGCUUAUGGAAGAGGCCAGCAGUGCCCAGCAGGGACCCUUCUAUGUCACUAAUGUAUUGGAAAUCAAUCAUGAGGACCUGAAGGACAGUAACAGCCAGGUGGCGGGAGGCGGUGUGUCUGUGUACUACUCCCACGUGUUGCAGAUGUUGUUCUUCAGCUAUUGUCAAGGCAAAUCAUUUGCAGCCACCAUCAGCAGGACAACCCUGGAGGUGUUACAACUCUUCCCCAUCAACAUCAAAAGUUCCAAUGGUGGCAGUAAGACUUCUCCUGCUCUUUGCCAGUGGUCUGAGGUGAUGAACCACCCUGGCUUGGUGUGCUGUGUCCAGCAAACUACAGGGGUGCCGCUGGUAGUUAUGGUGAAACCAGACACUUUUCUUAUCCAGGAGAUUAAGACUCUUCCUGCUAAAGCAAAGAUCCAAGACAUGGUUGCCAUUAGGCAUAUGGCCUGCAAUGAGCAGCAGCGGACAACAAUGAUUCUGCUGUGUGAGGACGGCAGCCUGCGCAUUUACAUGGCCAACGUGGAGAACACCUCCUACUGGCUGCAGCCAUCCCUGCAGCCCAGCAGUGUCAUCAGCAUCAUGAAGCCUGUUCGAAAGCGCAAAACAGCUACAAUCACAACCCGCACGUCUAGCCAGGUGACUUUCCCCAUUGACUUUUUUGAACACAACCAGCAGCUGACAGAUGUGGAGUUUGGUGGUAAUGACCUCCUGCAGGUCUAUAAUGCACAACAGAUAAAACACCGGCUGAAUUCCACUGGCAUGUAUGUGGCCAACACCAAGCCUGGAGGCUUCACCAUUGAGAUAAGUAACAACAAUAGCACUAUGGUGAUGACAGGCAUGCGGAUCCAGAUUGGGACUCAAGCAAUAGAACGGGCCCCAUCUUAUAUCGAGAUCUUCGGCAGAACUAUGCAGCUCAACCUGAGUCGUUCACGCUGGUUUGACUUCCCCUUCACCAGAGAAGAAGCCCUGCAGGCUGAUAAGAAGCUGAACCUCUUCAUUGGGGCCUCGGUGGAUCCAGCAGGUGUCACCAUGAUAGAUGCUGUAAAAAUUUAUGGCAAGACUAAGGAGCAGUUUGGCUGGCCUGAUGAGCCCCCAGAAGAAUUCCCUUCUGCCUCUGUCAGCAACAUCUGCCCUUCAAAUUUGAACCAGAGCAACGGCACUGGAGAUGGUGACUCAGCUGCCCCCACUACGACCAGUGGAACUGUCCUGGAGAGGCUGGUUGUGAGUUCUUUAGAAGCCCUGGAAAGCUGCUUUGCCGUUGGCCCAAUCAUCGAGAAGGAGAGAAACAAGAAUGCCGCUCAGGAGCUGGCCACUUUGCUAUUGUCCCUGCCAGCACCUGCCAGUGUCCAGCAGCAGUCCAAGAGCCUUCUGGCCAGCCUGCACACCAGCCGCUCGGCCUACCACAGCCACAAGUUAGAAGGAAUGGAUGAGGGGAAAGAACCACAGAAGCAGUUGGAAGGAGAUUGCUGUAGUUUCAUCACCCAGCUUGUGAACCACUUCUGGAAACUCCAUGCAUCUAAACCCAAGAAUGCCUUCUUGGCACCUGCCUGCCUUCCAGGCCUAACUCAUAUUGAAGCUACUGUCAAUGCUCUGGUGGACAUCAUCCAUGGCUACUGCACUUGUGAGCUGGAUUGUAUUAACACAGCAUCCAAGAUCUACAUGCAGAUGCUCUUGUGUCCUGAUCCUGCUGUGAGCUUCUCUUGUAAACAAGCUCUAAUUCGAGUCCUAAGGCCCAGGAACAAACGGAGACAUGUGACUUUACCCUCCUCCCCUCGAAGCAACACUCCAAUGGGAGACAAGGAUGAUGAUGACGAUGAUGAUGCAGAUGAGAAAAUGCAGUCAUCAGGGAUCCCGAAUGGUGGUCACAUCCGUCAGGAAAGCCAGGAACAGAGUGAGGUGGACCAUGGAGAUUUUGAGAUGGUGUCUGAGUCGAUGGUCCUGGAGACAGCUGAAAAUGUCAACAAUGGCAACCCCUCUCCCCUGGAGGCCCUGCUGGCAGGCGCAGAGGGCUUCCCCCCCAUGCUGGACAUCCCGCCUGAUGCAGAUGACGAGACCAUGGUUGAACUAGCCAUUGCCCUGAGCCUGCAGCAGGACCAACAAGGCAGCAGCAGCAGUGCCCUGGGCCUGCAGAGCCUGGGACUGUCCGGCCAGGCACCCAGCUCUUCCUCUCUGGACGCAGGAACCCUCUCUGACACCACAGCAUCAGCUCCAGCCUCAGACGACGAGGGCAGCACAGCAGCAACAGAUGGUUCUACCCUUCGGACCUCUCCUGCUGACCACGGUGGUAGUGUGGGCUCGGAGAGCGGGGGCAGUGCAGUGGACUCAGUGGCUGGCGAGCACAGUGUGUCUGGCCGGAGCAGUGCUUAUGGUGAUGCUACAGCAGAGGGGCAUCCGGCUGGACCAGGAAGUGUCAGCUCAAGCACUGGAGCCAUCAGCACCACCACUGGGCACCAGGAGGGAGAUGGCUCCGAGGGAGAAGGAGAAGGAGAAGCUGAAGGAGAUGUCCACACUAGCAACAGGCUGCACAUGGUCCGUCUAAUGCUGUUGGAGAGAUUACUGCAGACCCUGCCUCAGUUACGCAACGUUGGGGGUGUCCGGGCCAUCCCGUUCAUGCAGGUCAUUCUAAUGCUCACUACAGAUCUGGAUGGAGAAGAUGAGAAAGAUAAGGGGGCCUUAGAUAACCUGCUCUCCCAGCUUAUUGCUGAGUUGGGUAUGGAUAAAAAGGAUGUCUCCAAGAAGAAUGAGCGCAGCGCCCUGAAUGAAGUCCAUCUGGUAGUAAUGAGACUGCUGAGUGUCUUCAUGUCCCGCACCAAAUCUGGAUCCAAGUCUUCCAUAUGUGAGUCGUCUUCCCUCAUCUCCAGUGCCACAGCAGCAGCUCUACUGAGCUCUGGGGCUGUGGACUACUGCCUGCACGUGCUGAAAUCACUGCUGGAAUAUUGGAAGAGCCAACAGAAUGACGAGGAGCCUGUGGCUACCAGCCAGUUGCUAAAACCACAUACUACCUCUUCCCCACCUGACAUGAGCCCAUUCUUUCUCCGCCAGUAUGUGAAGGGCCAUGCUGCCGAUGUGUUUGAGGCCUAUACUCAGCUUCUGACAGAAAUGGUACUGAGGCUUCCAUACCAAAUCAAAAAGAUUGCUGACACCAAUUCCCGCAUCCCGCCUCCUGUCUUUGACCAUUCGUGGUUUUACUUCCUCUCUGAGUACCUAAUGAUCCAGCAGACUCCAUUUGUGCGCCGUCAAGUCCGCAAACUUCUGCUCUUCAUUUGUGGAUCCAAAGAGAAGUACCGCCAGCUCCGGGAUUUGCACACCCUGGACUCUCACGUGCGUGGGAUCAAGAAGCUGCUAGAAGAGCAGGGGAUAUUCCUCCGGGCAAGUGUGGUUACAGCCAGCUCAGGCUCCGCCUUGCAAUAUGACACACUCAUCAGCCUGAUGGAGCACCUGAAAGCCUGUGCAGAGAUUGCCGCCCAGCGAACCAUCAACUGGCAGAAAUUCUGCAUCAAAGAUGACUCCGUCCUGUACUUCCUCCUCCAAGUCAGUUUCCUCGUGGAUGAGGGUGUAUCCCCAGUGCUGCUGCAACUGCUCUCCUGUGCUCUCUGUGGCAGCAAAGUGCUCGCUGCACUGGCAGCCUCUGCGGGAUCCUCCAGUGCUUCUUCCUCCUCAGCCCCUGUGGCUGCCAGUUCCGGACAAGCCACAACACAAUCCAAGUCUUCCACUAAAAAGAGCAAGAAAGAAGAAAAAGAAAAGGAGAAAGAUGGUGAGAGCUCUGGCAGCCAGGAGGACCAGCUGUGCACAGCUCUGGUGAACCAGCUGAACAAAUUUGCCGAUAAGGAAACCCUGAUCCAGUUCCUGCGUUGUUUCCUGUUGGAGUCCAAUUCUUCCUCGGUGCGCUGGCAGGCCCACUGUCUGACGCUGCACAUCUACAGAAAUUCCAGCAAAUCUCAACAGGAGCUCCUGCUAGAUCUGAUGUGGUCCAUCUGGCCAGAACUCCCAGCCUAUGGUCGUAAGGCUGCCCAGUUUGUGGACCUACUAGGAUAUUUCUCCCUGAAAACGCCACAAACGGAGAAGAAGUUGAAGGAGUAUUCACAGAAGGCUGUGGAGAUUCUGCGGACUCAAAACCAUAUUCUUACCAACCACCCCAACUCGAACAUUUAUAACACUUUGUCUGGCUUAGUGGAAUUUGAUGGCUAUUACCUGGAGAGUGAUCCCUGCCUGGUGUGUAAUAAUCCGGAAGUGCCGUUCUGUUAUAUCAAGCUGUCUUCCAUUAAAGUGGACACGCGGUACACCACCACCCAGCAGGUUGUGAAGCUCAUUGGCAGUCACACCAUCAGCAAAGUGACAGUGAAAAUCGGGGAUCUGAAACGGACCAAGAUGGUGCGGACCAUCAACCUGUAUUAUAAUAACCGAACUGUGCAGGCCAUCGUGGAGCUGAAAAACAAGCCAGCUCGCUGGCACAAAGCCAAGAAGGUUCAGCUGACCCCUGGGCAGACAGAGGUGAAGAUUGACCUGCCGUUGCCCAUUGUGGCCUCCAAUCUGAUGAUUGAGUUUGCAGACUUCUAUGAAAACUACCAGGCCUCCACAGAGACCCUGCAGUGCCCACGCUGUAGUGCCUCAGUCCCUGCCAACCCAGGGGUCUGUGGCAACUGUGGAGAGAAUGUGUACCAGUGUCACAAAUGCAGAUCCAUCAACUAUGAUGAAAAGGAUCCCUUCCUCUGCAAUGCCUGUGGCUUCUGUAAAUAUGCCCGCUUCGACUUCAUGCUCUAUGCCAAACCUUGCUGUGCAGUGGAUCCCAUUGAGAAUGAAGAAGACCGGAAGAAGGCUGUAUCCAACAUCAAUACACUUUUGGACAAAGCUGAUCGAGUGUAUCAUCAGCUGAUGGGACAUCGGCCACAGCUGGAAAACCUGCUCUGCAAAGUGAAUGAGGCAGCUCCAGAAAAGCCACAGGAUGACUCAGGAACAGCAGGGGGCAUCAGCUCCACUUCCGCCAGUGUGAAUCGGUACAUCCUGCAGUUGGCUCAGGAGUAUUGUGGAGACUGCAAGAACUCUUUUGAUGAACUCUCCAAAAUCAUCCAGAAAGUCUUUGCUUCACGUAAAGAGUUGUUGGAAUACGACCUACAGCAGAGGGAAGCAGCCACUAAAUCAUCCCGGACCUCUGUGCAGCCCACAUUCACUGCCAGCCAGUACCGUGCCUUAUCCGUCCUGGGCUGUGGCCACACAUCCUCCACCAAGUGCUACGGCUGCGCCUCGGCUGUCACAGAACAUUGUAUCACACUACUUCGGGCCCUGGCCACCAACCCAGCCUUGAGGCACAUCCUUGUCUCUCAGGGCCUUAUCCGGGAGCUCUUUGAUUAUAAUCUUCGCCGAGGGGCUGCGGCCAUGCGGGAGGAGGUCCGCCAGCUCAUGUGCCUCCUAACUCGAGACAACCCAGAAGCCACUCAGCAGAUGAAUGACCUGAUUAUUGGCAAGGUCUCCACAGCCCUGAAGGGCCACUGGGCCAACCCUGAUCUGGCAAGUAGCCUGCAGUAUGAAAUGCUGCUGCUGACAGAUUCUAUCUCCAAGGAGGACAGCUGCUGGGAGCUCCGGUUACGCUGUGCUCUCAGCCUUUUCCUCAUGGCUGUGAACAUUAAGACUCCCGUGGUGGUUGAGAACAUUACCCUCAUGUGCCUGAGGAUCUUGCAGAAGCUGAUAAAACCACCUGCUCCCACUAGCAAGAAGAACAAGGAUGUCCCCGUCGAGGCCCUUACCACGGUGAAGCCAUACUGCAAUGAGAUCCAUGCCCAGGCUCAACUGUGGCUCAAGAGAGACCCCAAGGCAUCCUAUGAUGCCUGGAAGAAAUGUCUUCCUAUCAGAGGGAUAGAUGGCAAUGGGAAAGCCCCCAGCAAAUCCGAGCUCCGCCAUCUGUAUUUGACUGAGAAGUACGUGUGGAGGUGGAAACAGUUCCUGAGCCGUCGGGGGAAGAGGACCUCCCCCUUGGAUCUCAAACUGGGGCAUAACAACUGGCUGCGACAAGUGCUUUUCACUCCAGCAACGCAGGCCGCACGGCAGGCAGCCUGUACCAUUGUGGAAGCUCUCGCCACCAUUCCCAGCCGCAAGCAGCAGGUCCUGGACCUACUUACCAGUUACCUGGAUGAGCUGAGCAUAGCUGGGGAGUGUGCGGCCGAGUACCUGGCUCUCUACCAGAAGCUCAUCACUUCCGCGCACUGGAAAGUCUACUUGGCAGCUCGGGGAGUCCUACCCUAUGUGGGCAACCUCAUCACCAAGGAAAUAGCCCGUCUGCUGGCCCUGGAGGAGGCUACCCUGAGUACCGAUCUGCAGCAGGGCUAUGCCCUUAAAAGUCUCACAGGCCUUCUCUCCUCCUUUGUUGAGGUGGAAUCUAUCAAAAGACACUUUAAAAGUCGCUUGGUGGGUACUGUGCUGAAUGGAUACCUGUGCUUGCGGAAGCUGGUGGUUCAGAGGACCAAGCUGAUUGAUGAGACGCAGGACAUGCUGCUGGAGAUGCUGGAGGACAUGACCACAGGUACAGAAUCAGAAACCAAGGCCUUCAUGGCUGUGUGCAUUGAGACAGCCAAGCGCUACAAUCUGGAUGACUACCGGACCCCGGUGUUCAUCUUCGAGAGGCUCUGCAGCAUCAUUUAUCCCGAGGAGAAUGAAGUCACAGAGUUCUUUGUGACCCUGGAGAAGGAUCCCCAACAAGAAGACUUCUUACAGGGCAGGAUGCCUGGGAACCCGUAUAGCAGCAAUGAGCCAGGCAUCGGGCCGCUGAUGAGGGAUAUAAAGAACAAGAUUUGCCAGGACUGUGACUUAGUGGCUCUCCUGGAAGAUGACAGUGGCAUGGAGCUUCUAGUGAACAAUAAAAUCAUUAGUUUGGACCUUCCUGUGGCUGAAGUUUACAAGAAAGUCUGGUGUACCACGAAUGAGGGAGAGCCCAUGAGGAUUGUUUAUCGUAUGCGGGGGCUGCUGGGCGAUGCCACGGAGGAGUUCAUUGAGUCCCUGGACUCUACCACAGAUGAAGAAGAAGAUGAAGAAGAAGUGUAUAAAAUGGCUGGUGUGAUGGCCCAGUGUGGGGGCCUGGAAUGCAUGCUUAACAGACUCGCAGGGAUCAGAGAUUUCAAGCAGGGACGCCACCUUCUAACAGUGCUACUGAAAUUGUUCAGUUACUGUGUGAAGGUGAAAGUCAACCGGCAGCAACUGGUCAAACUGGAAAUGAACACCUUGAACGUCAUGCUGGGGACCCUAAACCUGGCCCUUGUAGCUGAACAAGAAAGCAAGGACAGUGGGGGUGCAGCUGUGGCUGAGCAGGUGCUUAGCAUCAUGGAGAUCAUUCUAGAUGAGUCCAAUGCUGAGCCCCUGAGUGAGGACAAGGGCAACCUCCUCCUGACAGGUGACAAGGAUCAGCUGGUGAUGCUCUUGGACCAGAUCAACAGCACCUUUGUUCGCUCCAACCCCAGUGUGCUCCAGGGCCUGCUUCGCAUCAUCCCGUACCUUUCCUUUGGAGAGGUGGAGAAAAUGCAGAUCUUGGUGGAGCGAUUCAAACCAUACUGCAACUUCGAUAAGUAUGAUGAAGAUCACAGUGGCGAUGAUAAAGUCUUCCUGGACUGCUUCUGUAAAAUAGCUGCUGGCAUCAAGAACAACAGCAAUGGGCACCAGCUGAAGGAUCUGAUUCUCCAGAAGGGGAUCACCCAGAAUGCACUUGACUACAUGAAAAAGCACAUCCCUAGCGCCAAGAAUUUGGAUGCUGACAUCUGGAAAAAGUUUUUGUCUCGCCCAGCCUUGCCGUUUAUCCUGAGGCUGCUUCGGGGCCUGGCCAUGCAGCACCCUGCCACCCAGGUUCUGAUUGGAACUGACUCCAUCCCAAACCUACAUAAGCUGGAGCAGGUGUCCAGUGAUGAGGGCAUUGGGACCCUGGCAGAGAACCUGCUGGAAGCCCUGCGGGAACACCCUGAUGUAAACAAGAAGAUUGACGCAGCCCGCAGGGAGACCCGGGCAGAGAAGAAGCGCAUGGCCAUGGCGAUGAGGCAGAAGGCCCUGGGCACCCUGGGCAUGACGACAAAUGAAAAGGGCCAGGUCGUGACCAAGACGGCACUCCUGAAGCAGAUGGAAGAGCUGAUCGAGGAGCCCGGCCUCACGUGCUGCAUCUGCAGGGAGGGAUAUAAGUUCCAGCCCACGAAGGUCCUGGGCAUUUAUACUUUCACGAAGCGGGUAGCCUUGGAGGAGAUGGAGAAUAAGCCCCGGAAACAGCAGGGCUACAGCACCGUGUCCCACUUCAACAUUGUGCACUACGACUGCCACCUGGCCGCUGUCAGGUUGGCUCGAGGCCGGGAAGAGUGGGAAAGUGCCGCCCUGCAGAAUGCCAACACCAAGUGCAAUGGGCUCCUUCCGGUCUGGGGGCCUCACGUCCCUGAAUCAGCUUUUGCCACUUGCUUGGCAAGACACAACACUUACCUCCAGGAAUGCACAGGCCAGCGGGAGCCCACGUACCAGCUCAACAUCCACGACAUCAAACUGCUCUUCCUGCGCUUUGCCAUGGAGCAGUCGUUCAGCGCAGACACCGGCGGGGGCGGCCGGGAGAGCAACAUCCACCUGAUCCCGUACAUCAUUCACACUGUGCUUUACGUCCUAAACACAACCCGAGCAACUUCCCGAGAAGAGAAGAACCUCCAAGGCUUUCUGGAACAGCCUAAGGAGAAGUGGGUGGAGAGUGCCUUUGAAGUGGAUGGGCCCCACUAUUUCACGGUCCUGGCCCUUCACAUCCUGUCCCCUGAGCAGUGGAGAGCCACACGUGUGGAAAUCUUGCGGAGGCUGCUGGUGACCUCGCAGGCCCGGGCAGUGGCUCCAGGUGGAGCCACCAGGCUGACAGAUAAGGCAGUGAAGGACUAUUCCGCUUACCGUUCUUCCCUUCUCUUUUGGGCCCUCGUCGAUCUCAUUUACAACAUGUUUAAGAAGGUGCCUACCAGUAACACAGAGGGAGGCUGGUCCUGCUCUCUCGCUGAGUACAUCCGCCACAACGACAUGCCCAUCUACGAAGCUGCCGACAAAGCCCUGAAAACCUUCCAGGAGGAGUUCAUGCCAGUGGAGACCUUCUCAGAGUUCCUCGAUGUGGCCGGUCUUUUAUCAGAAAUCACCGAUCCAGAGAGCUUCCUGAAGGACCUGUUGAACUCAGUCCCCUGACCACCACACAGCAGCUGCAGCAGCGAAGACGAAGCUGGCUUGCCUUCCACCCUCUGUUCUCCCUCCUUGUGCGUUGAGUUCCCUCCGCAGAUGCUGCAUUGUUACCCCGCCCUCCCCUCUCUCAUUUUUCUUGGUGUGGCUUGGGGUUUUUAGGCUUCCUGUUUUAUCUCGUGUGUGUGGUGCACUAGCUAUGAAGUUGUGUAACCCAAGCCAUCAAAGGGCCUGUACAUACCUAGGAGCCAUGAGUUGUCCCGGCCAACUUCAUACUUGAGUGUGCACAUCUUGAGAAAUAAACAAAUGACUUAAUACACAUUGAAAA